UGAGUCACCGAGUCACCACCACACAAAAACUGUAGAGAGAGAAAAUGGCAGUGGUCAUAAUCGACGGAUCGACGGUGAAGAACUUCGUGGACGACGAAUCUCACUUCCAGAAGAGUGUGGACAGCGCCUUCGCGGCUCUGGAUCUGAACAAGGACGGCGUUCUGUCCCGAUCGGAGCUCCGGAAGGCGUUCGAAACGCUCCGCCUGAUCGAGACUCACUACGGCGUCGACGUCGCCACCACGCCGGAGCAACUCACUCAGCUCUACGAUUCCAUCUUCGAGAAGUUCGAUUGCGACAAAAGCGGCACCGUCGAUGCGGAUGAGUUCCGCACCGAGAUGAAGAACAUCUUGCUCGCCAUAGCCGACGGAUUGGGCUCCUCGCCGAUUCAGAUGGCGCUCGACGACGGCGAUCAGAGUUUCCUCAAGCAAGCUGCGGAUCUCGAGGUUUCCAAGCUCGCUCAAGCUUCUACCUGAUCGCGAUUUACCGGUUUGCCCCUUACCGUUUCCUUUAAUUUUUGGCUCCUUCUUUUAGUAUUCUGUAACCGAUAUGAUAUAUAUAUGAAUCUGAUUUCGCAAUAAAAUAGAUCCUGGUUCGCUAUUUCAUUUGAAAAGAACAAAGCGCAGAUUUAGAUUUUUACUGUAGAGAGCUGAACAAUGGAGAAAAUAAAUGUUUUCUGAAGUUUUUGUUCU